CUCUUCGACGCAAGAGACAGAGAAGAAGAGCGCGUAGUAUGAAGAAGAGCGGAAUACGGAGGAGUGGGAAAAAGGGCGGCAAGAGGGCGAGCAUGGACGAGGCGCUGGCCGAGUCCCAGGGCGAGGUGUACAAGCUCGAGCUGUUCCAGCCUGUGGACGAGCGGUUCUACCUCGCUCAGUUUCCGCUCCAGCGAGGGAAAAAGGGCCAGCGCAUCAUCGGCGACGCUGCUACCAUGCAUAAGAUCAACUACGCCAUGAGGAGGUCGGUCCUGACCGGCCGCACCAACUCGCUCGAGCGCCACGAGCGCAAGGUCUGGCAGCUGGAGCAGCCGCCCACGGCCGGAAGCCGCAGCGGUAGCAAGGGCCGCGUGGCCAGCCGCCCGCCGCCGCCGUCGUCGGCAACCUCGUCGACCGCAUCGUCGGCCGGUGUCGAGCCCGAGGUCUGGCGCGGCGAGCUGCUCGGCGUCGACUCGAACGACGCCACGUACGUGGUGAUGAAGCGGAGCGCCAAGACCAAGACCAUCAGCGUCUCGCUCAUCUCGCGGUGGUACAACUUUAAGCGCCACAUCGAGCGCGAGCUCAAGUCGCUGGACGAGGCCGAGAAGGAGCUUGCGGCGCGCGAUCCCGAACUUCGGCUGCAGUUCCAGAAGAAGCAGCCGUACUUGACUGAGCGGGCCAAGCGGUUCAUCCACCAGAUUGUGGAGAAGGAGGAUGUGGAGGACAUUGUGUCGGUGAACGAAAUGGUCGGCGGCUCGUCGCUGGUUCCGUCGCGCGAGUCGGCGGCGGCGUACAUGGCGUUUACCCAGUUUGACACCGGCGACGAGGACGGCAUGGCCGAGGCCCAGGGCCUCAUCGACGACAUCGAAGCCAACGACUUGGACGACUUUGCCAUUGCCGACGACGACGAGGAGGGCGACAUCAUGGUCGAGCCCAUCAACGAGGACGAGGAAGACGUCGAGGCGUACAAGCGCAAGUAUGGCGACGACGACGAUGACGAGAACGACGACGACGACGACGAUCUGCCCGAGUUUGGCGACGACGACGACGCCGACGAUGACGACGACGACGACGAUGACGACGACGACGACGACGACGAAGACGACAUUCGCGUCGAGGACCUCGACAAGCUCGCUUUCCGCAACAAGCCCAAGAUCGCGCCCAUCUCGCGCAAGCGCGCCCUCGAUCGCGACGAGGACGCCGGCAACGGCGGCAGCGGCGGCGCCCGCCCAGCCAAGCGGGCCAAGCCGCUGUCGUCCGCACACGACACCGUCUCGCGCGAAGCUGUCCGCCAGUUCCUCCUCAAGCACUCGGGUGAGACCAAGGCUCAGGUACGCGCCGCUAUGAGCGCCGAGUUCGGCAAUGUCUCCAAGGCCGGCGCCCUCGAGCUGGGGAAGCUCUUCAAGGAGAUGGCCAAGCAGGACAAGGCCUCAAACACGCUCUCGCUCAAGCCUGAGUUUCUUUAG